AUGGCUCGGUAUUACUGCGACUACUGCCACUCAUACCUUACGCACGACACGUUAAGUGUUCGUAAGUCGCAUUUGAUCGGCAAGAACCAUAUUCGUCUUACAGCUGACUAUUACUACAACAAAGCAAACCAGCAAAAACUCCUGUUUCUAUUGCCAAAAGUCAGCAAACGUCGUCGCUCUCGACAACGUUGCUUGGCAGUGAAACCUCCCUCUCUAUCUUCCGCAUCCGAAGGUGGUUCUGUAGAACCAAAAAGAGUUUUACAUUGUGAGGCUAACAAAUCGAAACGGCAACGACGCAAGAUCCGCCAAGUUCCCCCCGCAGUUACCCCCCUGCGACAGAUAUACACCACCGCACCGGGCUUCCACAAGGUAUUUACCCCAGAAUGCAGGCUUGAUAUCGGCGAGAUGAUCAAGGUCAGCAAGUUACCCCAGCGUGCAAACCAAAAGACCAAACUGGCCAUGGCCACCACGUCCAGCGGCGAUGCCACCACCACCACCGCCACUACCACCACAGCUACAACUGCUGCAUCUGGGCGCAACAAGAUCUACGAACCACACUACUUCUCUACAGAUACUGAUCUCAUACUACCACCUCCGCCUGCCCUCACAGUUUGGGGCAUCACCCCAAAUAGCAGCAGUCUUGUAUACCGUAACGACGACACUCUAAAACGUACCGUCGGAAAACUAAAGGCCAACCUCUCUAACCCCUCUGCUCGUCCAGAAGCCCUCCACAGAACACUACACCACACCCACCAACGGCGUACAUAG